UCGUGAAAACUACGACAGAUAACUCGGGUUCUUUUGCAGUGAAGGAGGUAUUGGGUGGUGUAUGUUGGAGUACAAACUAGUGGAUGUCUCUAAGAAAAUGGUGGUCAGAAAAGAUCUAAUUAUGGUCCUGUUCAACUUUGCAGUUUCAUUUAAAUAUGCACUGACGGCCACAGACUGCCCUGGAGGACUGGUUCUUCUUGGAUCAGAAUACUCGAUAGUAGGUGACAGAAGAAACCACACAGGUUUUAUAUGGGUACGGCCCAAUGAUGACCGGAAUGUUGUCAUAUGCAGUGAGGACUGCGGUGGUAUUGGAGGCUAUAGUGCAACACUCAAUUCAACACACACUACACUUACUAUAGACAGUGUCGGGUUGUCAGACGCUGGUACUUGGAGGAUACAGGAUGCAGAUGUCGCUGAUGUCGUCUCUGUGGACGUGUGUCAAUUGACGGCAGCCGAUGUUCCACACUGUGGCAUCAGCAGUGACGAGGACACUGACUCCCUGGAACCUGGAGCACAGCUGACUUUAACAGUGGACAUCACAGGCUACUACUGUUCUCGGGAGGCGGGCUUUGAUCUGACUACUGGUGCUGUGACUGAAGCGUUGACCACGAAACACAACGUCAGUGCUGUAUCAAACUUGACCCUCAACACAACCUUCAGCGUAGAUAUUACCCGAUUAGGCGAUGUGUCGAUGGACUUCAUAUGUGACAGAAGUUGGACUCUUAGUUGUGACGAUGUUCAGAAGCUACUGAAAAGUCCACCACAGUGCAACAUCAGCAGCGACAUGGACACCAACGCCCUGGAACCUGGCACUAAUCUCACUCUGACAGCUGACAUCCGGAACUACUACUGUUCUCAACAAGCUGGAUUUACACUGACUACUGGUGCCGUUACAAAUAUACUCCUGGAGAACCAGACAAUGGACAAUAUCACUGACGUUGUCCUAGCCCAGCCCUUGACGGUCACGGCUGAUCACUUCGGAGACGUCACCGUCACAUUUAUGUGUGACAGCAUCACCAGACCUCUUAUCUGUGCUGGAGUUGAGAGGUUGAGUGAUGGUACAACGUCUACCUCCAACAGGCCGACGUCCACCUCCAACAGACCCACUGCUACUGAAGACACAGACACUCCAACUGAUGCUACUCUAGGCCUUGCUAUCGGACUGUCUCUGCUUGCCGUCUUACUUAUAAUUGCUGUCGUCCUCAUUGUCCGCUAUCGGCAUAGAAUAGGAGGAAGGACCACUCAAUUACAUAUUUCAAAAGUGACUGAAGACGGUUGAAAUGUUAAAACUAUUACGCAUUUUGAAAUGUUCCAUGUCAAAUAACUGAUUAAGAGAACUUACUCGUGAUUCAGUUUAAAACAAAUAGUUUCCACGUGUUUAAUAUAAGGACGGCUGGGAAGAUAAGGAAUAGUUCAACAUAAGGAAUGUGUGAGUGAUUGAAUAUGUUUUUACGACACUUUUAGCAAUAUUCCAGCCAUAUGUCAUUGCAUCCAUUGUGGGAAUCGAAAUGCACGAACGAGGCAUUGUAAUUGAGACCAGGAUGUGUUUUUUCAUAAACUAUCCCCGACUACACAGAUGAGCAUGUCAAGUAUGUGUCAAUCAUGUUUGUUUGAUAUUUCCUUUCUUAUUGUAGACAUAUAUGGCAUAAUAGGAGUCAAUGUUUACAACGUCUGAAGCUAAUUGACUGUAUUUUCCUCAUGUGCUUUGUUUAUAACAUAACCAUUAAUAACAUUCAAUUUCAAAUCAA